UGAGCACAAAAACCAUGACACUGGAACAGCUGCAACAGAGACAGAUAAACAGAAACAGUUGGAAAAGACACAGAAAGAGUUCAAGAAGAUAAUCCAGCAGAGAGUGAAAGAAGUUCAAGAGCUGAGAAAGACUGUGGAGUCUCAUAAGGAGGGUGUGACUGGGCCAUGAGGGUGCACGGCUGGCGCUGAAUCAGAUGAUCAGUGGGAGAGCAAGAUAAAUGGGAACCAGAGAUGCCAGUUCGAGAGAGAGAUGCACAAGGCCACGCUGCAUUGGUGCCAAAACCCAGGAUGGAGGAGGGAUGCGUUGUCGUGGAGUCCUCGCCGCUGCCGUCCACCAGAGGAGCAGCCGUGGCUGUCUGCCUGGGGACAGAGGGGUCGCUGCUUGUCAGCGAGUGCCGGAGGAUCUGCUGUCGUCUACCGAGAAGAAAAGGAGCAGUUCCUUCCACCAGGGGUCGGAGAGCUUGCUGCUGUCUCCCGGGGAGGAGUGAGCUGUCGUCCGCCAGGGGGCGGAGGAGCGGUUGAGGACCGGGUGACGGCGUGUCUGGGGACUGGCGAGCAAGUUUUUCACUCCUCUCUCUCUCUCUCUUUGUGUCUCCCCACACCUCUCCUCAUCUCUCCCCCAGCUUCCCAGGAAGCGGGGUGCACCACUGGCUGACAGAAUGGCCGAAAAGGCGUCUCCCCUCCAGAGAUGGGGGGUGUGGGGGUGGGCUGUGGUUAGUCAGACCAGUGGCACCCGGCCUGAAUCAGGCAGGGGAGGUGUGUGAUGAGGAGGAGGGUGUGGCAUUCGAGAGACGCACGCGGCCGUACUGUAUGUGUGUGUGUGUGUGUGUGUGUGUGUGUGUGUGUUUGUUUAUGUUUUAUGUUGUUUUAAGUUCAUUUAUAUUAUUUAUAUAUACAUUAUAUAUACCAUACAUUUACUGUUCAGCCGGUUCCCGCCGCCUCCAUGACCGCCAUUAACUGAUACAUGUGUUUAACAGCGCUCUGCACAGACAGCAGUGGAGGACAGUGAGAGGAUCUUUAGUGAGUUGAUGCGCUCCAUUGAGAGAAGGCGUUCUGAGGUGACACAGCUGAUCAGAGAUCAGGAAAAGGCGGCUGUGAGUCGAGCUGAAGGACUCUUAGAGCGACUGGUGCAGGAAAUUGCUGAUCUGAGGAGGAGAGACGCUGAGCUGGAUCAGAUUUCACACACACAUGAUCACAUCCAUUUCCUAGAGAGUUUCCAGUCUCUCUCUGUUCCUCUAUCUGAAUCUACAGACAUUCCCAGCAUCAGUUCUCGCCUCUCUUUUGAUGAUGUGGGAAAAUCUGUCUCUCUGCUAAGAGGGAAACUUGAGGAUUUCUGCAAAGAGGAGAUAGAAAAGUUAUCUGGUAGAGUAAGAUGCAUCCAGAUCAUUCCCACUCUAGGCCCCGAAACCAGAGACGAGUUCUUACAAUAUUCCCAACAGUAUACUCUGGAUCCAAACACAGUAUAUAAACGCCUCCGUCUGUCAGAGGAGAACAGAGUGGCUACACACACUGGCACAAACCAGCAGUAUCCUGAUCAUCCAGAGAGAUUUGAUAGUUGGUUGCAGGUGUUGUGUAGAGAGAGUGUGUGUGGACGCUGUUACUGGGAGGUUGAGUUGAGUGGGAGUGAUGUGCGUAUAUCAGUGUCAUAUAAAAGCAUCAGCAGGAAGGGAUGGGAUGUUAUGUGUGGAUUUGGAUAUAAUGAUCAAUCCUGGAGUUUGUUCUGUUCCCCCUCCAGAUAUACAUUCUGGCACAAUAACAAACGCACUGAACUCCCUGUAGUGUUGCGCUCCUAUAGAAUAGGGGUGUAUGUGGAUCACAGUGCAGGAACUCUGUCCUUCUACAGCGUCUCUGACACAAUGACCCUCAUCCACAGAGUUCAGACCACAUUCACUCAACCUCUCUAUCCUGGGUUUGCAGUUUGUAAAGAAUCAACAGUGAAAUUGUGUAAGAUCUAAUACAAAUGUUACAGGGAUUGUACUAAUAAUUUGGUUUUAUCGGCGUUGAGCUACAUGAAGUAACAUUUCUGCUCUAGAUACAAGUGCUUGCUGAAUUGUUAUUCUUUCUUGAGACUGGAUCACUCAGAUACUGAUCCAAUUGUGUGCUCAUUUUUGAGAGCAGUGUUCUUUACCCUUUUCCCAUCUGCUUUGAAGAGUUUUUACUAACUUUUAUUCAUUCUGUUAAACCGAAAUAUUGAGCUUGCCCCAUGAAACAUCUGUAGGAGUUAAGUGUAAAGAACUCACAAAAUACGAUGAACUCAUUGCUUCAUGAGUCCAACAGAUGAUUAAUAAAAUAGUGGAUUAUCCAUCUAAAUAAGCUGAUGUGAAGAGUCUCAUGUAAUUAUUUCAUGGAGUAGCAUCCAGGAGGUGUCCUGUGCCACAAGCAGGGACUAAAAAUGGUUCAAGGAAAACGAACACAUUUACGCGUUAUUUCUGAAUGCUGGUAACCGUUAUAAUGGGAUAAUUAUGUUCCGAUGUUUUCAUGAAACUAAAGACCAAAGGUUUUAUCACAGUACAUUUUAGGAUCUACACCACCUCAUGUUGGCCAAAAAUGAAACACAUGCUUUAAUCCUGAAGGAAACUGCUGCAUCACACAUUUCUUUGCCUGAUU